AUGGAUCGUAAUAACUAUUUGUGCUGGAAGUCUCAAUUUCAGGAUAUCCUAGAGAUUCAUGACCUUGAGGAAGUUGUGAAAAGUGAUGCACGACCUGACAAGAAACUAGCAGAUGGAUCCAUCAAUCCCGCCUACUCCAAAGACAAGCUUGUGUUGAGUUGGAUCAAGGCCACUUCAUCCCCACAAAUCAAAACUCUCCUUAUUCCUUGUACGACAGCAUCAGAAGCAUGGUCUCUCCUUGAUAAGAGACUCUCUCCUCUCUCUAAGACUUAUAUUCGUACCCAGCGAGACCAAAUAAGGACCUUGAAGAAAGAAUCAGAAAACACGGUUGCUGAGUACUUGAUGCAUGCCAAAUCCCUCUAUGAUUCUCUUGUUGCGGCUGGAUCUCAAAUGACAGAUGAAGAGCUUAUCGAGUAUAUUCUCGAUGGCCUAGGUCACGACUAUAAGGAGUUCACAACAUCCCUUCACCUCCGCUCCUCGCUUUCUUUUGAUGAGUUCUAUGACCUUCUCAUUCAAGAGGAACAAUUAAUCAAGAAGAUGUCUUCUGUUUCCCUUUCCUCAGGGAUGGCUCUAGCAGCAGAUCGAUCGACAAAUCAGCAUGAAAAUUCAGAUAGAAGGCAAUACAAUAAUAACCACUCAAACAACAAUUAUCAAGCACAAGGACGUGGCCGUGGACGAGGUCGAGGGUGGUAUUCAAAUCGUGACAGAAACUGGAGUAAUGGUAACAAUUACAAAGACCACAACUGGAACCAAAACAGUCAGAGACGAAGCUGGAAUAAAUCAAACACUGAUCAGCAGCGUGGGAAUUCAUCAUCAGCGAAUUAUUCACAUCAGGUCUCAUCAGAUACUCGUCCUCCAUUGCUCCCAACACCGAUUCAGCAACAAAAUUAUCAGUUUUCAGUGAUUUGUCAACAGUGCAACAAAGUUGGCCAUACCUCAAGGAUCUGUCCAGAACGAGGAAACUUUGCAUACCUUGCUGAAACCAAUAGUGCUGCUGUUUCAUUACCAGGUCAAGUUACUUCACCCAAUCACUCGGUUACAAAUUGGUGCGUUGAUUCAGGGGCAACACAUCACAUGACCUCAGAUCCUUCAUCUCUCUCUAAUGUUCAGCCAUAUACAGGACAACAAGACGGGCAAGGUUCUUCUUACUGGCAGUAGCUAUGGCGACCUAUAUUACAUUCAUACCAGUCAUCAGAUUUCAGAGAAGCUAGUUUUCUAUGGUGAAAGAGCAACUCAGGAUGUGUGGCAUGCUCGCC